AUGAGUAUGAAUCUGCUUUUUCAAAAUGUCUUUGUUAUACUUUUAUUCACAUCUCUGGUGGGUGCAAGUAUUCCUAUCGUCGUCAGCACUUGGCCUUGGCCCCAAGUAGCUGAUACCGCUUGGCAGGAAUUGUCAGAUUCUCCUUCACAAUCCGCCGCUCUUGAUGCAGUACAAGCAGGAUGUACGCGAUGUGAAGUCGAUCAAUGUGAUGGCUCUGUAGGAUAUGGCGGUUCACGCGACGAAAGCGGAAAAACUACACUGGAUGCUAUGAUUAUGGACGGUACCACUAUGAACGUCGGUGCUGUGGGUUCACUGAGAAGAAUUAAAAAUGCAAUCGGAGUUGCGAGAGCUGUUUUCGACCACACUAGUCACACAUUAUUGGUAGGAGAUCAGGCUACUAGUUUUGCAGUCAAGAAUAGAUUGCUAGAGGAGUCACUUUCGACCAAUUCGUCAGUUGAAGCAUGGAAUAAGUGGAAAACUGGUAACUGUCAACCAAAUUAUCGCAACAACACUACACCUGACUCAAAAAAGUUUUGUGGACCUUAUGUUCCAACCGUAAAAAUGCAGAACACGCGUAACCAAUUUGUAUCUGAUAAAUAUAAUAUUUUAGGUAAUCACGAUACCAUUGGAAUAUUGGUCAUAGAUAAGAUCGGAAAGAUAGCUUCAGGAACAUCAACAAAUGGCAAACAUUUCAAAGUCCCGGGAAGAGUUGGUGAUUCGCCUAUUCCAGGUGCAGGAUCAUAUGCUGACGACACUGCAGGAGGUGCUGCCGCAACCGGUGAUGGAGACAUCAUGAUGCGACUCCUGCCUUCAUACCAACUUGUAGAAAACAUGAGACAAGGAAUGAAACCGUCAGAUGCCGCUAAAGACGCGAUCGAUCGUAUAUUAAAGAGAUACCCUACCUUCAGUGGGGCUUUAAUUGGUGUUAACAUGCGCGGUGAUUACGGAGCUGCGUGUACCGGGUUCAACGAAUUUGAGUAUUGCGUGAGGACAGAGAGCAAACCACAAACCACCACAAAAAAAAAAAACCACAAUUUUUUCUGUCGAUUGUACAAAUGAUUCAAGCAUGACGUCAAUAAAUUUUAUGUUGAUUACAA